AUGGGCUACGAUUCGUGCGCCACGUGCUGCGCAGUCUUCUCCCUGCUCGGGAUUAUCCAUCUCGUGCUCUUUGGCCGCAUGUUCAGCGCAAAGGCCAUCUCCUUCGCCAUCAUGACCGUGGAGAACGGGUGGGACGGCGAUGCCAAGGCGAAGGCGUGCUACAACGGCGCCAUCAUCUACACGGUGACCCUCUUCCUCUCCGUGCUGGCUCGUGUGUACUUCCGCCGUAAUGAUGCCGCCAAGGCCGCCCUGCGCCAUGCGCAGCACAUCGAGGAAAUUCAGAGUCUCCUCGUGCCGCCAGUGCCGUCCACCAGCUCCACGCAGCACUAG